AUGCCGCAAGAACCAAAAAUUGUCAAGGUUGAAGACCUCCCAGCUACCGAGGCAAAGUGGAUCGAGUUCCAGAAGAUCUCGUGGCAAGAUCAGACGGGCAAGGACCGUGUAUGGGAAGCUGCCGCGCGCAAAACUCGAGGCAAGGCAGGUGUGGACGCGGUAGCUAUCAGCACCAUCAUCCGCCAUCCUUCACGUCCAGCCUCGACUAUCGUCAUACUACAGUAUCGCCCACCGGUGAACGCCGUCUGUGUAGAGCUCCCCGCCGGUCUAGUCGAUGAGAAGGAGUCACCCAGCGAGGCCAGCCUACGAGAGUUGCACGAAGAGACCGGGUACAAGGGCAAGCUAGCCUUCAUUAGCCCGACUAUCGUGUCUGAUCCUGGUAUGAGCACGGCAAACAUGCAGUUGGCGAUGGUGGAGGUGAACCUAAAGGAGGGGGACAAAGAGCCGGAGCAAGCGUUGGAUGAUGGCGAGUUCAUCGAAAAGGUUGUGGUGCCGAUCGAUGAGUUGUAUGAACGCCUUAUCAAGUACGAUCAAGAGGGGAAGAGCGUUGAUGCGAGGCUCUGGCAUUGGGCUGCAGGAUGGCAUGCGGCCAAAACCAUGUUGUAA